AUGUUCUCGGCGCGCUUCGAUGGGGGUGAGAUGGAGCAGAAGUUCCGGAGUGUUCACGCGAUUCUGAAGGAGCACAACUUUCCGGUCCGGAUGGUCGCCGCAAAAGGAGGUGAUGACUUCGGUAAACUAACACAAGAGUAUUUGAGCGAGAUUCGUCUGAGUCGUGGUGUGUUGAUUUGUGUUUGCACGAAGCAUUAUGCUGAGAAGACCAGCUCGCCUUUCAGCUCUUUCGAAGAGUUGAAGUUUGCACGAGACUUCCGUUUAGAUGUUCUGCCACUCAAAGUGGCAGACGACUACCCCCCGCGACCGCCAAGCGGUCCAGAUCAUCCCUACGACCAGCAGGGUGAAGCACAUGCCAUGAUCGAUUGGGUCUUCCGACCCAACGUCGCUUUCACAGACUGCCGUAGCUUCGAUGAGAUGCAGAUUGCCCGUGUGAUCGCGGAGAGAUUGCUGAAGAAGACGAAGGGCUCCGGUCAUGGAUGA